AUGCCAUCAGAUGCUAAAAAAAAACGUGAUGCGGCAAAAAAAGCAGCUGCUAAAGGCAAAAAUACUGGGAAAAAAGUUACUGAAGAAGUUACAGAUAGUAUUUCAAAAAUAGUGGAAAAUGGCAUAAUUGACGAGGAUGUUGACGAGGCUACUUCAUUAAUAGAAAAAAUUGAAUUAGAAAAUGCUUCAGCAAGGACAGUUGCUGCAGUAUUGGCAUCUCAUAAACACUCCAUAGAUACAAAAAUUGAACAAUUUACUUUAACAUUUCAUGGUAAAGAACUUGUUGUUGACGCCACGCUUGAAUUAAACAUGGGAAGAAGAUAUGGAUUUAUUGGAUUAAAUGGAAGUGGUAAAUCAGCUAUUUUACAUGCAAUUUAUAAUCGAGAAUUACCAAUACCUGACCAUAUUGACAUGUUUUUAGUUUCGCGCGAAAUGCCUGCAUCCGAAAAAUCAGCAUUACAAGCUGUUAUUGAUGUUGAUAAAGAAAGAGUAAUCUUAGAAAAGUUGGCUGAUGAAUUGGCUACAGAUGAAUCUGAGGAAGCUCAGGAGAAACUUUUAGAUGUUUAUGAACGCCUUGAUGAAAUGGAUGCCAACAUGGCUGAAACAAAAGCUGCUCGUAUUUUACAUGGUCUAGGUUUUUCUCGUCAAAUGAUGUUAAAGAAAUGCAAAGAUUUUUCUGGUGGAUGGAGAAUGAGAAUUUCACUUGCUAGAGCUUUAUAUUUAAAGCCAUCGUUAUUACUUCUUGAUGAACCAACAAAUCAUUUAGAUCUUGAUGCUUGUGUAUGGUUAGAAAGAGAAUUAUCAAAGUAUAAAAGAUGUCUUCUUAUUACUUCGCAUUCACAAGAUUUCAUGAAUAAUGUUUGUACAAACAUCAUCCAUUUAUUCCAAAAAAAAUUAAUUUACUAUUCCGGUAACUACAACACUUUUGUUAAAACAAGAGCAGAAUUGUUAGAAAAUCAAAUGAAACGUUAUAAAUGGGAACAAAAUCAAAUUCAAAACAUGAAAGAUUACGUUGCACGAUUCGGUCACGGUUCAGCAAAAUUAGCAAGGCAAGCUCAAUCCAAAGAAAAAACUAUGGCAAAAAUGAUUGCCGGAGGAUUAACAGAAAAAGUUGCAGUUGAAACUGUAAAACAAUUCUAUUUCAUUGAUCCUGGUGAGAUACCACCUCCUGUUAUUAUGGUUCAAAAUGUAUCAUUCCGUUACAAUGAUAAUUCUAAUUGGAUUUACAGAGAUUUAGAUUUUGGUGUUGAUUUAAGUACAAGAAUUGCUCUUGUAGGUCCUAAUGGUGCUGGUAAAAGUACAUUGUUAAAACUUUUAUGCGAUGAAAUAUCACCAACAAAUGGAGUUAUUAGAAGGCAUUCACAUUGUAAACUAGGAAGAUACCAUCAACAUCUUCACGAAGAAUUACCAAUGAAUCUUUCACCAUUAGAAUAUAUGGGAGAAUGUUUUAAAGAUAUAAAUGAAGUUCAAGUUUUAAGACAAAUGGUUGGAAGAUUUGGCCUAACAGGAAGAGACCAAACAUGCCCUAUAAAAGAAUUAAGUGAUGGACAAAAGAAAAGAUUAGCUUUUGCCAAACUAGCAUUCGAAAGGCCUCAUAUUCUUCUUCUUGAUGAACCUACUAAUCAUCUUGACAUGGAAUCUAUUGAUGCACUAGCUGAGGCUAUCAAUGAAUUUGAAGGUGGUGUAAUUCUUGUUUCUCACGAUUUCCGUCUUGUUAAACAAGUAACAGAAGAAAUUUGGGUUUGUGAUAAAGAAACUAUUACUAAAUGGAACGGUGACAUUUUCUCAUAUAAGAAACAUCUUCAAGAGGAAAUUGACAAAGAGGAGAAAAAAAUGGUAGAGCGUUAA